AUUCUGUGUUUGCUUGAAUGAGUAAAAGUAUUCAAAAUGGCCAACAAUAAGGUUGAUGUCACGAGAUCCUCGGAGUUGGAUGAGGCAACGGGUGGCCGGACGGAAGGAAUGGUUCGAAAGGGAGCCAUUGUCGACAAGUCAGAUCAGUUGUGUGCACUAGUCAUGUGCGCUGAGCCCCAUUCCUGCUCGGCUGUUCACCAUCACGGUGAGCAGGAUACCGUGGUCUACGCCGCAAAGGGCCACGGUUCCAUUGUAUUCGAUGGGGGAAAGCAGCGCAAAGACCUCUCCCCUGGUGACUUUGCUAUCAUUCCUGCUUACACUGAGCACCAGGAGAUGAACCAAUCAGACCAGGAUGUCGAAUGGGUUAUCACCAGGGCAGGACGAAAGCCGAUCACGGUGAACCUGGAAGGUUGGUCUAAUACCUCUAGCUGAGGGCUGCACUUUACCGUGAAUGCAACAAGUGUGUAUUGUGUUAGUUGCCAAACAUUAGCGAAUGGUGUCAUCUUUGCGUCUUCAGUUCUCUGUAGCAAUCUGGACAUCUCUAUGUGAC